AGGCACCCCUCAAACAAACCCAGUACCGAACAGGCAGCCAUCGGGCCCAGAAAGGUCAUCCCUCAGAUCAUCUUCAGUGUUACUGCUCUACGACCAGAGUUUGAGACUGAGUUAUCCUGAUUUUCCUAGAGGCAACACCUUCCAGCUAUGAAGAAGUGCCUAUAAUAUGAUUCUCAGAGAAUAGAGCAUGAGGUGACCUUGAGAUAUGGAUAUGGUGGAUGGGUACAGCUGGAUCAUCACUGCAAGGGAUUCCAUACUGAAAACUAGAGGGAUAAGGGAUAGAAGGAUUGGCUACUUUGCAUUUUCAGAGUGGCAGUGCCUCUCCCUGUUGGAGUAACCUUAUAAAGAAAAGAGUACCCGAUCUUCUUCCUUGCUCCUUUUUGUGGUUUGGCCAAUUCAUUCAUUCCCUAUAGAGACUCAGCUUGAGGGAAGCAAGACUUGCAUCUUCCAGGGUUUUUUCUUUAGAAAAAUAGACAAUUCUAAAUAACACCGACUUUGUGAGGAAAAAUAAAGUGGCCUUUGGAGAGAGAGAAUUCCCUUUCUUGAAGGGUCAGGAGCCUGCCUUGCACGGAGCUGUUUAAUGCCAAGGUGAAGGAGUAGCUGCCGUGUUUUCUCAUGUGGUCUUCAAUUUUUAACUGCAGGUGGAGUGUUCCUCUGUCCAAUGCAUCUGCUGCAUGACCUCACUUAGCCACCCCAAAUGCACAGCGCCAGGUGGAUCUUCUGGCUUUCAUCCCUUCCCACUUAUCCCUACAGUAGCUUCAAACAGCUGGGAAAUACUCAGGGCUUGCAAGUGUUGAUGAGUUGUGUCCCAUCCAUUUGUGCAAGUGUCAGCCAGCAGAAAGCCUAGUGUGCCUGUCUGUCCAUGUUCAUAACAGCAUGUGGGUACCUCCAACUUAACAAUUUACUUUGCUUAAUGUGAUGACAUUGUACAUCCUCAACCUCUUUGAACAAUUCACAAAUCAACGAAAAAAUGAAGUUUAAAAGGUUUCCAUGUUCAUAAAGGAACAAUAUUAUGUUUCAUGCCUGUGAUAAUAUCUUGAACUUCAUACAUUUGGGAAUUGGUGGCAUAUGGGAAAGGUAUUACACUAAUUGAGGUCAUGGGUUUAUACUGUGAUAAAGUUUUGCUUGGGUUUUUUUUCCCAAAUACAAAUUCUUCAAUAAUUCCUUUUUUUUCCCAAGGAGAAAACAUAACCUGAAGACAACAUAACAGGUCUGCUUUUGUCUCAUUAUCAAUGGCGAUAUGAAACAACUGGACUGAAAGUAACUGAGCUGUACAGUUAUUUCUGUAGUUACUGGAAUCACUGUGAUGCUAUUAAGGGAACAUAUACACACCCAAAGGGAAAAUUUAGCACAGAUUUAAUUAGAGCACUGUUUUGAGGUCAAAAUUUGGUUUGAGGAUAAACUCGGAUUGAGGUACCUGAUAUCUUUUCCGUAUAAAUGUAGAAUGACAUACCUUGCAAUAGAAAGGGGAUUUUUUUUAUUAUGAAGACUAAAUCUGAACUAUAAGUGAUUGUUUAAUUAAUGUCUAUUUUUAAAAUAGUCUUUGUUUAAAAAUACCUACUGCAUAAAAAUAACAAUAUUUUGUCACUGAAUUUCCAUAGGGAGCACAAUAUACUCAAGCAACUAUAAAUUAGCAUGUACUGCUUUGUCACAUUCAUAAUAUAUGAAAAUGUCAUUUCACAGGGACAGGCAAAGAUGAUGAAGGAUGGAAAGGUUUUUAGAGUUAUUCAAGAGAACUGCUGGGAUCCAGAAGUACGAAUUAAAGAGAUGGACCUGUCAGGGGUCACAGUCCAAGCCCUUUCCACAGUCCCUGUGAUGUUCAGCUACUGGGCCAAACCUCAGGAUACUUUAGACCUAGCCCAGAUAUUAAACAAUGACUUGGCUGCUACAGUAAAGAAGUACCCCAAGAGGUUUGUGGGUCUGGGCACGUUACCCCUGCAAGCUCCAGACCUGGCUGUGAAGGAAAUGCAUCGCUGUGUGAAGGAGCUGGGAUUUCCUGGAGUGCAAAUAGGAUCCCAUGUCAACGAGUGGGACCUGAAUGCCCCAGAGCUGUACGAUGUUUAUGCUGCUGCUGAAAAAUUGAAUUGCUGUCUCUUUGUGCAUCCCUGGGACAUGCAGAUAGAUGGGAGGAUGUCCAAAUAUUGGUUUCCUUGGCUAAUAGGCAUGCCAACAGAAACAACCAUGGCCAUUUGCUCCAUGAUUAUGGGUGGAAUUUUUGAAAAAUUUCCUAAGCUGAAAGUUUGCUUUGCACAUGGAGGUGGAGCUUUUCCAUACACAGUGGGGAGAAUCUCCCAUGGAUUCAACGUGCGCCCUGACUUGUGUGCGAUGGAUAACAAGGUGGAUCCAAAGAAAUACCUUGGCUCAUUUUACACAGACUCUCUUGUCCAUGACCCUGGUGCACUAAGGCUGUUAACAAGUGUCAUAGGAGAGGACAAAGUCAUUUUGGGGACAGAUUACCCUUUCCCACUUGGGGAACUGGAACCUGGAAAAUUGAUUGAUUCGAUGGAUGAUUUUGACCAUAAACUGAAGGAUAAACUCAAGGCUGGAAAUGCUCUGGAAUUUUUGAGUCUUAGCAGAAAACAAUUUGAAUAAUUAUGAAGAUACUAAAGAGGCUAAACUAUGGAAACAAUGCUGGAUCCUUCGGGAUGCUUCUGUUGCCAUGUGCAAUUGUACAGGUGAAAAAGAAAUUUGACAAGCAUCUAACAGUCUCCCAUAGGUACUGGAAAUGAGUAUGCACAGGUAUUGCUGUGCAUUUGAGGAUUUAGGCUGUUUUAAACAACUCUGAAAUCCCUGCUUUCAUAAUAAAGGAGAGAUUUCACCUUUUGCAGUUGUAAUAAGAAUCUCUGAAUUAUAAUCAAUGCCAUGUUAUUAGGACUUGAUUCUCAGGAAGGAAAGAGCUGAGAAAACUAUGUACCCAUUACAUUUCAGUCUUUGUUAUGAGCAAUAAACAGAAUUUGAAAGAAUCUUAAAACAGAAUUUAAGCAGAACUUUGUUGGUGCCCAAUAAAAGGUAACACUUGUCUGUAUCCACUGCUGGGAAGUUCAUCAUGUCACACUCAGCUCAGCACUACAAGGGUGGGCACUGAUGCUUUGUCAGUGUUGUGACAGGAUGAAAAAGUCUAUGUGGGGAACUUUACAUUUCAGCUGCCACCUACACCACUGGCAACUUAUUCAUCAGAAACAAUCUGGACAAUAUGGUUGUAGGUGCAGAAAUGAUGUAUUUUGUGUGGGUAAUACUUGAUAUGUCACUGUCACUAUCAAAAUAAAUACUAGUGUUUAGCAACAGUA